AUUCAGUCGGUGUGUCCCUCUCUCCCCUGGUUGCAGGACUACAGGGACCACCUGGUGUUCCUGAUCACAGUGCCCACCACACUCCUCCUCUUCCUCUCCAUCUUCAUCCUGGUAUGCAUCGAGUCGGUCUUCAAGAGGAUGCUGCGUCUCUUCUCCCUCCUCAUCUGGGCGUGUCUGGUUACCAUGGGUUACCUCUUCAUGUUCUCCGGCGGGAUACUGUGUCCCUGGGACCAGGUGUCCUUCUUCCUGUUCAUCGUGUUCGUGGUGUACACCAUGCUGCCCUUCUCCAUGCGGGGGGCCGUGAUGGCGAGCGUUCUCACCUGCUCUUCCCACACCGUCACGCUCUGCGUCUGCCUGGCGCCCAGCAUCCAGGACCAGGACUCGCUGCGCUGGCAGAUCCUGGCCAACGUCAUCAUCUUUACGUGUGGGAACCUGGCGGGGGCGUACCACAAACACUUGAUGGACCUGGCCCUGAAGCAGACCUACCAGGACACCUGCAACUGCAUCAAGUCCCCCAUCAAGCUGGAGUUCGAAAAGCACCAGCAGGAGCGGCUGCUGCUGUCCCUGCUCCCGGCGCACAUCGCCCGGGUGAUGAAGGCGGAGAUCAUCCAGAGGCUGGAGGGGCCCAGGUUCGGCCGGGCCGAGAACACCAACAACUUCCACAACCUCUACGUCCAGCGGCACACCAACGUCAGUAUCCUGUACGCAGACAUCGUGGGAUUCACCCGGCUCGCCAGCGACUGCUCUCCGGGCGAACUGGUCCACAUGCUCAACGAACUCUUUGGGAAGUUUGACCAGAUUGCCAAGGAUAACGAGUGCAUGCGUAUCAAGAUCCUGGGGGAUUGCUACUACUGUGUGUCUGGGCUGCCUGAGUCCCUCCCCCACCACGCCAGGAACUGCGUCAAGAUGGGCCUGGACAUGUGUGAGGCUAUAAAGAAGGUCCGAGAUGCCACUGGGGUUGACAUCAACAUGCGUGUGGGCGUGCACUCCGGGAACGUGCUGUGCGGGGUCAUUGGACUACAAAAGUGGCAGUAUGAUGUCUGGUCACAUGACGUCACACUGGCCAAUCAUAUGGAAGCAGGGGGUGUGCCAGGGAGAGUGCACAUCUCAGAGGUGACCUUGGAGCAUCUGGACGGCUCUUAUAAGGUGGAGCCUGGGGAUGGACCAAUCAGAGACUCCUACCUGAAGGAGCACGGCGUGGUCACCUACCUGGUGGUCAACCCAAAGACGGACCGCCACAGCCCCAGCCUGGGGGUGCGGUCGCGGCCCUCCCUGGACGGGGGGAAGACGAGGGCGUCUGUCCGGAUGACCCGCUACCUGGAGUCCUGGGGGGCCGCCAAGCCCUUCGCCAACCUCCACCACCGGGGCAGUAUGACCACCGACACCGGCAAGGUCAAGACCACCGAUGUUCCGAUGGGCCAGUACCACUUCCAGAGACAGGAGAGGUCUAAGUCCCAGAGGAGAAGGUUUGAGGAGGAACUCAAUGAGAGGAUGAUUCGCACCAUCGACGGCAUCAACUCCCAGAAACAGUGGCUGAAGUCAGAGGACAUCCAGAGGAUCUCUCUGUUCUUCCACAACAAGGCCCUGGAGAGCGAGUACAGGUCCACCACGCUGCCGGCCUUCAAGCAUUACAUCACCUGCGCCUGCCUCAUCUUCUGCUGCAUCUUCAUAGUGCAGGUCUUGGUCCUGCCCAAAACUGCUGUUCUAGGGAUAUCCUUUGGGCUGGCCUUCCUGCUGCUGGCAUUGAUCCUGGGGAUAUGCUUUGCUGGCCACAUUCGGCAGGGAGCAGGCAAGGCCUCCUUCUCCUGGCUGCCCUCUUCCUCGGCCAUCAUCAUCGCCAACCAACCCUGGCUGCGGCUGGUCCUCACCAUGACCACGAUGGCCCUCAUCCUGGUCAUGUCUGUCUUCAACAUGUUCUUCUUGGAAGACCAAAUGCAGAUGCCAUCCAUGUCUGUGAAUCUCACCAAUGCCAGCCAGUCCCAAGGCCCAGAACACAACGAGGGGGACCCCAAGUUCUAUCUGCCUACGCACGCCCCGCUGCUGGACGGCUACAACACAGCGCUGUACCACAUGGAGCCCCUGGAUAGGCCAGGGGUUCUGAAGGAUCUGAAGACAAUGGGCUCGGUGUCGCUCUUCAUCUUCUUCAUCACUCUUCUGGUUUUGGCCCGGCAGAAUGAAUACUACUGUCGGUUGGACUUCCUGUGGAGGGACAAGUUCAAGCGUGAGUGCGAGGAGAUUGAGACGAUGGAGAACCUGAACCGCGUGCUGCUGGAGAACGUUCUGCCCGCCCACGUGGCCGAGCACUUCCUUGCACGCAACUGGAAGAACGAGGACCUGUAUCACCAGUCGUACCAAUCAGUGUGCGUGAUGUUCGCCUCCAUCCCGGACUUCAAGGAGUUCUACACAGAGUCUGACGUCAACAAGGAGGGGCUGGAGUGCCUGCGUCUCCUCAACGAGAUCAUCGCUGACUUUGAUGAGCUGCUAUCCAAGCCAAAGUUUAGUGGCGUGGAGAAGAUCAAGACCAUUGGAAGUACCUACAUGGCUGCCACUGGUCUCAACGCUAUGCCUGGCCCAGAGAACACACAGGAACACGACCGGCAGUACACACACAUCGGCACCAUGGUGGAGUUCGCCUUCGCCCUGGUUGGAAAGCUGGAUCUCAUCAACAGACACUCGUUCAACGACUUCCGCCUCCGAGUCGUCGUUUCCUCUCUGGCAGGGAUCAACCACGGGCCGCUGAUCGCCGGGGUCAUCGGGGCCCAGAAGCCCCAGUACGACAUCUGGGGGAACAGUGUGAACGUGGCCAGCAGGAUGGAGACCACUGGCGUGCUCGGGAAGAUCCAGGUGACGGAGGAGACGAGCCGGGCCCUGGGUGCGCUGGGGUACGUGUGUUCCUGUCGGGGAGUCAUCAGCGUGAAGGGGAAGGGCGAGCUGAAGACCUACUUUGUUCACAGCGAGAUGAGCCGCUCGCUGUCGCAAGGGACCGUGAUGCCUUGAAUGCAUCACACACACACACACACACACACGCGCACACACGCACACGCACACGCACACACGCACACGCGCACUCAAACACACACACACACACACUCAAAAACAUACAAACCAACACACACUCACUCACUCAAACAUGUACAAACCCCCCCACACACUCACUCACAAACACACACACACACACACACACACACACACAGUCACUCACUCAAACAUGUACAAACCCCCCCACACACAGUCACUCACAAACACACACACACACACACACACACACACACACACACACACAGUCACUCACAAACACACACACACACACACAAACUCACACACACACACUCACACGUACACAAACAUAUUUGUUUGCACACUUAAAAGGGUCAUUGCUCACUCACAAACAGGUGAUUUUUAGCAUUUGCAGCGAUUGUACUUAGAACUCAGCGGUACUGUGGGCAGACAAACUGUUUUAGAUCAUCCACUUUUUGCUGAAAAACAAAAAGCUGAAGCAAAGAGGAACCAUAGGCCAGUUGAUCUGCCUGGAGGACAUCGCUUUGCUUUUGUGUGUGUGUGUGUGUGUGUGAGCGUGUGUGUGUGUGUGUGUGUGUUAGUGUGUGUGUUUGGUGUGGCCCAUCACACCACCUGUAGGGUGGUGUGUGAAAAGGGCGUGGGGUGCCUGCAGAGCUCCAGAGCCCUACUGCUCUAGCGUUGUGCAGUGUGGGUGGCCCUGUGGCCCUUCCAUCUGGUGGAUUUACCUCUAAAUGGGCAACGCAAUAUUCAGUGUUUCGCAUUCAAAGCCAGCAUUAUCCGGUGUGGAGGGUGAAUAUGUAAUUCUAGCCGUGGAGAUUGGAGUUUAGCAGGAGAGACCAACAGCUACUGCAAUGUUAGUACAUUUUCACUGCUGUUGUUUUGUCAUGCAUUAAAUAUUUGUAAAUAA